AUGUCAUCCUCCACCGCCACCGCCAGCAGCGCCCAACCACCCCUCUCCACCGCAGACUUCACUUACGCCGUCCCCAUCGCACUGGCCUUCCUCGCAACCCUCGUCCUCGCAUCCUACCUAUGUUUUCGCCUCACCCGCCACAACCAAACCCUAAACCCUGCCCCCUCCUUCAGCUCAGCCACCUCAUCUUUCGACACCAGCGGCGUGCGCAUAAUCUUCGUAGCUGAAGAUCAAGACAUGCAAGCUGCUGUCGGAGUUGAUCCACGUGUCAUCAAUUCCUACCCCAAGUUUCCCUUCUCCAAUAAGAGUUUGAAGAGUACUGAUCCCAUGUGUCCGAUUUGUUUGUGCGAUUACAAGGAAGCGGAGAUGCUGAGGAUGUUGCCCGAAUGUGAGCAUUGUUUUCACGUGUAUUGCGUGGAUGCUUGGUUGAAGCUGAGUGCUUCUUGCCCUGUUUGUCGCAAUUCUCCUAUGCCCACGCCCUUGUCUCAGCUUGUGCCUCCUUCACACUAUAAUGCUAAUCUUCCGAGGUGA